AUGACCCAACUUGGGCGCUCAGUGCUGUCCUUGUUGGUGGCCGCGGCCCUUCUGCCCGGUGCAGCUGGACAAGGUGCCGGAGGCGGCGGCGGAGCAGGCGGAGCAGGCGGAGCAGGCGGAGAAGGCGGAGCAGGCGGAGCAGGCGGAGCAGGCGGAGAAGGUGGAGCAGGCGGAGCAGGCGGAGCAGGCGGAGCAGGCGGAGCAGGCGGAGCAGGCGGAGAAGGUGGAGCAGGCGGAGGCGGCGGAACAGGUGGAGCAGGCGGAGGCGGCGGGGGUGGCGGAGGUGGCGGAGGCGGAGGGGUUGCGUUGACAGAGCCACACAUCACCAUCAAUGCCGACGUGGAGUGCAGGACGAACGUGAACGGCCCGCAGACCAUCACCGGCUACAUUUACUGCGACAACUACUUUGAGUUUUGGUUCAAUGGAGUUCUCGUGAAGAAGGACCCGAUGACGUUCACGCCGCACAACGCGGUCUCCGUCUCCUUCGAAUGGGACGGCGUUUCCGACAAGGAAUACGCGAUCAUGUGUAUGGACUACGCGAGCAGCUCCGGGUACGAGUAUGUCGAGACCUCGAACCCAGGCCUCGGUGACGGUGCGCUCAUGGCGGAGUUCUCGGAUGGCACCGUGACCGGCGCUGCCUGGGAUGUCUUCGUGCUGACGCACGGGCCUACCGACGCGUCCAUUGCGGCAGGCUGCAGCAGCAGCAACCUGGCACCAUGUGCGGUCACUUCGGUGGCAGAGCCUGCAGGAUGGAUGGCUGGUGGCUACCAGGCCAGCGGUGGCUGGGUGUCAGCGACCGAAUACACCGCCCAGCAGACGGGUUGGGGGAGGACCCCGACUUGGGAUGCGGCCAGGAGUUGCUGCGGCACGGCCACAAGCCCGACAACUCAGCAAACGCUGACCAACAAUGGCGGAUGCUCCGUCAAUUACGGCAACUACGACCCGGUCGGGGGGGUUGCUGUUACAGUAGCGGAAGAUGAGUGCUUGGAUCCGAUGGCCUUCUUGUCAGAGACGAGGUCGAAGAUGAUCUGGUCUUCCGACUUGGAGCGGGACAACAAGCUCCUGUUCCGCAUCACCGUUCCUGCCAACGCGUCGACGGUGGUGCAAUGCCCUGCGUGCAGUGCACCAACGGUCGACCAAAGCACACAACGAGUGCGCAAGGAGUUGCGGACGCUGAGCGCAGCAGAGUGGAAGAAGGUGACAGACGCCAUGUGGGUCAUGAAGAACACGACGCAGGCGGCCGGCGUCGCAACAUAUGGCCAGGCGUUCCGAACCUACGACUACUUCCCGGCCAAGCACGCCGCGGCGUAUUCUGAUGUGCGGGGCGACCAGGCUCACUUCGGCCCUCAGUUCAUGACUUGGCACAGCGCCUUCGUCUUGGAAUUCGAGAAUGCGCUGCUUAGUGUGGACAGCACGAUUGGUGGGUUGCCAUACUGGGACUCCACAGUGACCUCUCCGUCCAUCUUCUCGGAGACCUACUUCGGAAGUGCUCCUGGCACGGGGUCCGACUCUCAAGUUGUCGACGGUGCCUUCGCGAACUGGUGGAUCAAGGCUGGCUUUUCCUUGUCAGACUACAACCCUACCGGCAGCUCUCCAUACACUGGCUCGCCCACCGGAAUGCUGCGGGGGCCCACCAACAACAACGCGAACAGCAUGAUGACACGCUACGGCUCGAGCACUUAUUCGUACCCCGCCAACGACUUCUGGAUCUGCGCGAACUUGGAUGGGUUUUGGAAUGACUGGUACAAGUGCAUCGAGGGCGAUGCGACUGUCAGCGGGAGCUUUCACGGAGGACCACAUGGGCAGGUGGGCGGCAGCUCGGGCGGCAACAGCGGGGACUUCGAGGACCCGGUCACGUCGCCGAAUGACCCCCUCUUCAUGUUCCAUCAUGCAAAUGUGGACCGCAGCAUGCGCUGGUGGAUGCUGAAGAAUGAAGCCAAGCGCAGCACCUUCUACGGCUUUCCCGCAGCGAACGCCGAAGGCAUUCGCGAGAACACCGGGAAGAGCUACUAUGGGCAGAACCUCCUUGACGUGAUGUCAAGCACGUGGGGCUUCACCGUUGCCGACCUUGGCUUCUCCAGUGCUUCCACUGGCUUCCAGACCAAUGCGGACCUGCUUUGCCACAACGGUCCCUCCACAAGUGCCUACACCUAUGACACGGAGGUGGCCUGCUCUGGAGGAAGCCAAGCUGCUUGUUCGGCAGUUUGGGGAGAUACCACGACGCAGGCCGGGACGACGGCCGAGACGACGCAGGGCGGGACGACGGCCGAGACGACGCAGGCCGAGACGACAGCCCAGACGACGCAGGCCGGGACGACCGCCCAGACGACGCAGGCCGGGACGACAGCCGACACGACACAGGGCGGGACGACGGCCGGGACGACGCAGGGCGGGACGACGGCCGGGACGACGCAGGGCGGGACGACAGCCGAGACGACGCAGACUGGGACGACUGCCCAGACGACGCUGGCCGAGACGACAGCCGAGACGACGCAGGCCGGAACGACGGCCCAGACGACGCAGGGCUGGACGCUUGCCGAGACGACGCAGGCCGGGACGACAGCGACGACACAGGCCGGGACGACAGCCGAGAAGACCAUGGCCGACCUUAGCAACACGGGCUACCGACGGCACACGGCCACAGUCCUGAUGACGACCUUCCUUGCUGCCGCCAGCUCAUGA